UCCCGGUCCUCCAACCAGAGAGAAGAAGCCAAACGACGACGACGACGAGGAGACCUUUGGCGGUUACACACGGCGUCCUACCGUCUUCUGGUGUGCCUACCUAUUCGGGCUACCAGCGAACCGAGCGACCAAACGAAGCUUCAGUCGACGCCGCGCACCCAAACGGUCCAGACCUGUCAGCCCGGAAGACACACGCGCAGCAACUCAACACUUUCACGAGAGCCACCGACCUACUGAGUAAUACGGAGAUCCUGACUCUUGGCAGCGUGACUAUACGCGCAUCGCAGUUUGUUUUACAACUAACCGCGUUUCGCGAGUUCUUCCCUUCGUUCGUUCAUCGAAAGUUUACACUUCCGACGAAGAUCGAAGACUUUCCCCUGCGGAAGAGUACUACUGGACAUUGCUUGAGGACCAACUUUUAUUCGCACUCUUUGUAUCUCUGUCGGCAACGAUACGAGGAUUUUCGCGCGCGCGACGUGGUACAAGCAGUGAUCUCACUCCCAGGAGCCAGCCGUGCCCGAGACUAGCUUUGCGCGGGAGGAGAAGAGCAAGCCGAAGAACGACAGUCAAGAAAGACAGAUAAAGAGAGAAAGAGAGAGCAUACGAAAGUCCGCGAGCAAGGUAGAGAAAGAUAAAGAGAGAGAGAGAGAGAGAGAUAGAGAGGGAGAGCGCACGAGCACAAGGAGACAGAGGGAGACGGAAGAAGUGGUAGGAGUGAGCUCCGGGCGUUAGCGAGAGAGCGAGAGAGGUGGGCAGAGGGAAAGGAGAGACAGAGACUCGACCAAGAGAAGGAGCGGUGGGAAUUUAUAAGGAUGUUCGCGAUAAUGCCGAUGGAGACAGAGGGGCACGGCAGGGAGUUCGGCCGGCGGCAGAAGAUGCGCGCCAAGUGCACGGUGGAGUUCGUCUGCAAGUACUGCCAGCGGCGCUUCACGAAGCCCUACAACCUCAUGAUCCACGAGCGCAGCCAUAAGGACGCCGUGACCUUCACCUGCGAGGUCUGCGGAAAGUCCUUCAAGCGGCAGGACAACUUCAAGCAGCACAGAUGUGGGUGGCGGUGAGCGGGAGCUCUGAACCUCCUGCACCUUGACAUACACACAACACACACAUACACACACACACACACAUACACACAUACACACACAUACACGCACAAAAGGCAAACAGUUUAAUAACAACCAAUUAAUAAACAACAACAACAGUAAUAAUAACAUCAUAACAGAAUAUGACAAUAAUUGCGAUACAACCAUGCACUAUUUGAUCACCUGCACUUUUUCCCGGUCGCGACGAAAGCGCGAUCAACACCUAUGCCACUACCGCCACCACAAAAAACCCUAGCAUGCGUAUAUACUGCUUCUUCUUUCUUCUUCUUCUUCUUCUUCGUUUUUCUCUUCCUUUUCUCUGUCUGCCUCUUUCGCUAUUUCGUCUUCUCACUGUAUCUGCGACUUUUACUACCCUCACUACGACUUCUUCAUUGUCGGCUGUUUCUUGUACUAACACACGGCGCGCACGGGUCCCACGCUUUAACGAGGCGGUGAGAAUGAUUGAUAGAUAGGAAGGAAAUUUAGAGAAUGUGAGUGGAAGGAAACGAGAGGGGUUUUCCCUGGAAAUGCACUCUCCUCAUCUUCCGAUUUCGACCAUCUUUGUUCCAGGAGCAUACACUCUGUUCCCUACAAGGGCUCCAACGGCUACUCAAAUGGCUAUUCGAAUGGCUACUCUAGGUAUUAGAAGCCAUCCGGCCAACUACUAUCCUAAACUCCCGUAGACACGCGUUUCUCUUUCUCUAUCGAAUGCUCUAGCUACCGACCAGUUCUUCCUGAUAUCCCUCCUCUAUUAAAGCAAUCCUCCGCAUUCGACAUGUCGAACUUGCAAGAGAUAUCGUGUUUGCGUUACGGCAAGGGAAUCGCGAUACUCCAUCGAUUUUUUGUCACUAUCCUCGCAUAUCACCCUCGCAUCUAGUUUGUCCGUCCUGCUUCUUUGAAUUUUUUUCGCUUCACCCUCCUGUAUUCCGAGCCUACACCAGACGUCAGCCACAUCAGAGGAAUCUUCGUUUCUACCCGACACGAAGCACCAUUGCAGAGCCGAGAACAAUGGAAGCGAUUGGGUUAUAGCAACACAACGAACUAUUAUAAUUUCAUCAAACUUUCUUUGUAAUUCAAACGCGUAAUGAUAUUUUUGUUCUACACAUACCGAGCGAUUGUCCGAAUGUCCAUCUAGGAUACGAUUGGAUAGAUGAUAUCAGAUAUCAAGCAUAAAUUCGAGAGCUCCUGCAUUUCUAAUGAAUACAAUAGCGUUCUGUGUGAGAGUCACGAGUAUGAUGAAGGAAGAUAGAAUGUGACUAUGAAAUAUAACCAAAUAAUUUAUGUAUUAGUUUAAAGAAAUUAUCUGAAACUUUUUUAUCGAUGUGCUCUACUUUAAAUAUUCGCUAUCUUUAAUUAAAGACAUACUAACAACUUCGAUAAAAAUUUUUUUCGCGAGCAUUACACGAUACACACUGAAAUUGCUAAACUAAGUUUUGCCUUCUGGUUAUCAAUGUUUCGAUCAGCGGACGAACGACGUGAAAAAAAAAGAACGAGAGCAAGAAAAAAUCAUGUUUCGGAAAUGAACAUGGGAAAUUGGUCGCGUAAUUAAGUGUAAUCGAAGCGG